ACCAGACACCCUGACCAGGGCUUAAAGCUUAAUUUCUCUUCUCUCCUUUUCUCCUUUUUUCAUUUCUUGAUUCCCCUCUCCUUGUUCAUCCCCGGCCAUCAUGGCCCUCAACCCCCCUUCGAAGCGUCCGGUCAACGGCUCCGGAGCAGCCCGCAAACGCGCCAAAACGUUCGAUGCCCGCACCCUGGCCGUUCAGUCCGCCGACGCGGCGCUCUCUGCCUCCGGCGAGCUCGACGCCGCGGCGUACGUGGGCACCAGGGAAUUCGAGAUCCGCUCGCUCGAGGCGGGCAUGCAGCGCUCCAAGGCCGCCUUGACGAGUCGCGCGUUCCAGCAGGUGCCUCGGUCCAUGAGACGGCGGACGGCGAGUCACAAUGUGAAGAGGGUUCCGAGCCGGUUGAGGGCGCGGGCGAAGCGAGAGAUGGCCGAGGAUAACACACCCACCGUCACAGCGCGGCGGAGAAAACCGACAGAGCUGAUGCGAAUCCGUCUCGAGACUGCUCGACGUCUACAGAACCUCAAUUCGAAGUCCAAGGCGAAGCGUGCCGCUGCGAAAGCGAAGGAUGCUCAGGAGACGAGGACGUCGUUGGAGGAGGCCGGUUCUCAUGCGUUCAGUAUCGCCCCGCGGGUGCCGAAGAUUAAGAAAUAUAAGCUCUCGCGCCCUGCGCCGCCCGAGUCGAAGUUCAAAAAGCGCCAGAGGUGCAAGACUUGGCUGCCGACGCAUAUGUUCCAUGCGAAGCGCGCGCAUAUGACGACGUCGAAGGAUCCCCUGUGGCGGUUUGCUGUUCCGCUGUCGCCGACGGAGAAGAGUUAUAGGUCUUCGCACCGGGCGCGAGGUGCGAGGGGUGCGGUGGCUUGGGAUAUGAGCUAUAUGUCGACGAUUCAGCUGGAGGGUACCGAGCCGGCGUUGGAAAACCUGCUGAGGGCUGUUGGGGUGGAUGGAGAGGAUGCUUGGGGGUCGAAGGGGAGGAAGUGGAGAUCUGGCACGAGAAGUCUACAGGCUUGGGCUUUCGAGCAUGGUGGUGAAAAGAGGCCUAUUGCGCCGGUCACCUUGGUUCGAUGUGCUGAGGUGAAGUCUGAGGAUGUGGAAAUGGCAGAUGCCGACACCCCGGCUGCUCCAACGAAAGGAAAGAAGCCUCGGGUGAAGAUUUUUGUCAGGGUGCAUCCGUCUGCCUUCUUGCAAUUAUGGAACGAACUCCUGGAGCUGUCUAAGCGGCAGAACCCGCCUGUCAUGAUCGAGGAUCUUCGUUUCGAAAUUGGCAGCAUCGAAAUCACUGGCCCGGGCUCCACGGAAGCGCUCAUCGCGGCUUUGAAACCUCUGAUAGCUGAAGGAACAGAGGCUCCGGCGAACAGCCCAGAGUCUAUCUGGGGUAAUCUGUUGGGGGUGUCGAACCCGUCCUCUUUGCCUAAGAACGCGGUUCUUGGAUUUUCUACAUCCGAUCCUCGUCUUCACUUCCCGCCAAAAUCGAUGAAGCCCCCUUCCUCGGAUACGGAUCUGCAGAAUCUAGCCGUUGUACUAUCAUCGUGGCCUGUUGACGGAACCCAGUCUUCCCCUGCUAUCUUCGACCGUCGCGCGCGAUUAGCUGCUGCACGCCAACUCCCUAGCCAAAAAGCCAUCAACCGACGGCGCAGUGAAAAUGGACCCGGGAAGUACCCGAAGCCUCUUCCUUCGGAUCCCAAAAUCCCAGUCCUUAUCCUUGCCACUAGGCCCAGCUCGCAGUCUAAGGACAACAAUGCUCCAGGCAGCUGGACUGUCCUUCUCCCAUGGAAAUGUGUUCUUCCGGUGUGGUAUUCUUUGAUGUACUACCCUCUCUCCACCGGCGGAAACCCGAGAUUCGGCGGGCUGAAGGAACAACAGCAGCUUGCUUUUGAGGCAGGAGAGGCUUGGUUCCCUGGUGAUUUCCCGGGGACCAGGGCAGGCUGGGAAUGGAAUUUGCGUGAGCAGGCAAAGGCCAAAGAGGAGUGGGAACGACGGCCCAAAGGUCGGCGAAUCGAGUUUGACAGCAUCGAUCUUGGGAAUGGCCAGAAGGGCGAAAUUGGACGAGGCUGGGCCUGUGACUGGGAGAAGCUUGUUGACACACUUCCAAAAGAUGUCAAGGGAAAACCAGCCAAGUCUAAGGCUAAAUCCGAUGCUGAUUCGGAUGCAAACACUACCGCCGUCGAAGCUCCUGAGACCCCGCCACUUGGUAUACGCCAUCUGCACCCACCAGCGGCUGCUCGUGCAGUCAAGACCCUUCAACCCACACUGAGCAGCAGCCCUGACCUCGUAACUGUUCGGGUCUCCGUUCAUGACAGGGGCACUCCUACCCCACGAGCCCGUAUCUACCGCCUACCUACCACCAACCCCGAGCUUCGCCAGAAAUGGCUCUCCCUCGCAUCAAACAAACAGUCCACAUCUGCUAAAACCGCUGGCUCGUUGACACAAAAGGGCUCCGCCAGCAGAGAUGAAGCUCAGGCAUACCUCGCUGCGUCGCUCAUCUCGCCCUCCGCCGACACAGAGGCCCAGCAAACGCACCUCCCGCUGCCGUCAGAAGGAGAUCUCAUCGGCUUCGUCACGACGGGAAACUAUAACCUCUCAGAGGGGAAAGGCACGGGUAUUGGAUCUAUUCUUGUUUCGAAGGUUGCGGGUCAGAAUCAGAAUCGGAACCCCUCUCAGAAGAAAGGCAAAGCCCGAGAGCAGAAUAUGUGUAUUAUUCGUGCGGCGGGUGAGUUGGUGGGGAGAUUGGGGUAUUGGGAAGUUGUUUAGAUUUUUUACUUUAAAAAGUCCUUUACAUAUGUUUAGAUGGAUGGCUAUGUGGAUUAUGAAGUGGUUGUUUCAAGAUACCCCGUCUGGUGUUCUGUUUAGAUAUUUAGCAGGUU